AUGGAUUCAGUGAGACCAAAUCCAGCUCCAAGUAAAAGCAAGCUAGCAAAGACAUUUCACAGAGUAAUACAUGGCAAAAAAUCCUCAAAACCAUUCUCAAACAAUGGCUUCUGCCUCCUCAUACCUCAAGAAAAGCUCAGGUGUUGUGAGUCUCAACACUUUGACAAAGAAGAAAUUGAAGAAUGCAAAGAACAUUCCAAGAACAAAGCUGUUAUGGAAGCCUUCGUUGCUAAGCUUUUUGCCACAGUUUCCUCUGUUAAAGCUGCUUAUGCUGAGCUUCAGUUAGCUCAGUUCCCUUAUAACAGUGAAGCUAUCCAAGUUGCAGAUCAAGCUGUAGUUAAUGAACUCAAAGCUUUAUCUGAACUCAAACACAGUUACCUCAAAAAACAAAUUGAUUCUUCACCACCCCAUGUAACCCUAAUGCUUGCUGAGAUUCAAGAACAGCAAUCUGUCAUGAAAACUUACGAAAUUACUAUGAAGAAAAUGCAAGGUGAAAUUGAAAUCAAAGGGUACAGCAUAUCUUCACUCCAAAAUGAGCUACAGGAAACCAUUCAAAACAACAAAUCACUUGAGAGAAAGCUUAACGCUAGUGGAUCAUUCUCUAUUCUUGAUAAUGUCAAGUUUUCUGACGUAAACCCUAAAGAUUUUAUCAUGGUUUUGCACUAUGCCAUGAGAUCUAUACGCAACUUUGUCAAGUUCUUGAUUAAGGAAAUGGAGUCUGCUAACUGGGAUAUUGAUGCUGCUACAAACUCUAUUCAAAAUAAUGUGACUUUCCAUAAGAGUAAUCAUAGGGCUUUUGCCUUUGAAUCCUUUGUUUGCAGGGAGAUUUUCUGUGGGUUUAACGAGCCUGCAUUUUCUGUUCAGAACGACGAUUCUUUAUUUUACGGCGGGACAAAUCGCCGGAAUUUCUUCUUUGAACAGUUCAAGAAGCUGAAAUCUGUGGGUGUAACCCAUUUUCUGAAGCAGAAUCCUUCUUCCCUGUUUGGAAAAUUCUUGAAGGCUAAAUACCUUCAUUUGGUUCAUCCAAAAAUGGAGUUUUCAUUCUCCGGGAACUUGAAUCAGAGGAAGCUUGUGAACUCCGGCGAGUUCCCGGAAACAGAGUUCUUUAAGGUUUUUAGCGAGAUGGGGCGGCGCGUGUGGCUUUUGCAUUGCUUAGCGUUCUCUUUUGAUCAACAAGUUAGCAUUUUUCAAGUGAGGAAGAACUGUAGAUUUUCUGAGGUUUACAUGGAAAGUGUCACGGACGAGAUUUUUUCAGCUGCCGGCGUUGAGUUCAAGGUGGCAUUCAUGGUGGUCCCCGGGUUUAAUGUUGGGAAAACGGUGGUACAAAGUCAGGUAUAUUUAUCUCCGAUCACUCUGCCGGCCAAGCACUAG